AACUGAUGUUAAUGGCAGCACAGAAUCAUUUGAGCUUGUUGUGGAAGAAGUGGCCGUAGACAUGGGACAGAAGGUCAAUGAAGCACCAGCUGUGGAGUCGGACUGGGUCCCAUUAGAGCUUUGCUACGGAAUCCCUCUGUUCAGCUCAGAACUCAAUCAAACCGUGUGCAAGAAGAUCGCUGCUCAUGGCCUGUGCGGGAAAGACAGCCUUCAACAUCUCCUCCAUUCCAGCCGAAAGCUCUCCUUGAAAGUCCUCAGCUUUGUGCAGUCACUGCAGGAAAGCGGAUCUGCCAUGGAGUAUACCUCGGACACUGGAACAUCGAGCCUGCAUGGACAACCAGGCCUGACAGAGGCUGGAGUACCACUGCCUUCCAAGAACUUAAUCUUUCAAGAUGGCAUCCUUUCUGAGUGGAAUGGGCGAGCCCGGGUCUCCACUCACCACGUGCACACGCCAAGCAAGCAGGCCUGACGGUGGAAAAGAAGACGACCAUCUUGUUAAACCUUUGCCCUGUUGGUGUUUGUAUUUAUUGCUGCUGUGUAGGUUAUGUCUUUAGCAGCACGACUCUAGAGUCAGUGGCUGGUCACUUUGUCCUGUGGCAUGUCCCACAAUUCGUGUACAUUCCUAGGAUGCUUUUUUUUGCAGAUUUGGAACCAUUACUAGGCCGAGUAAAGCGUGCAUCAUAAAAUGACUAAAAGUCUUACAAGAACCACUUGUAAAUGCCACUUAUUCAAGGACCAAACAUUUUAUCUUUUGUUGUUGUUGUUCCUGAAGCUUGCUGGGACUUUGAGUUCCACUAAAGCCACCAAGUACCUAAAGGCCAUCGUAAACUGAGACUUUGUUAACGUUCAAACUCAUGGUUAUUUAUUAAAAAUAAUUUCAACAGAGGUUUAUCUAUUCAAGCUGUUCAAAAA